UCGUAGAUUUGAAUCAGGUUGAUUUUUGUGAGCUGGAAACCAACAGUUUUGAGUCGCUGGAUCUUUCAAGAUAUUAUCAGUUAAAGAAUGAGAUAGGAAUUAUAGAAAAUAGGAUAAAGUAUGCCGUAGAAGAAAAGAUGACGCUCAGUGGUCAAGUAUUUUUGAAGGCUCAAAAGUUGAGCGAAAAGGAAAUUUUAUUAAGCUGGUUAAAGGACAAGGAAGCUAUCCUAACAGAUCAACUGACGAAUCUCAUGGAGAGAAAAAAACAGGCAGUUGAAGAUAUGAACUGUCUCAUAGAUGAAUCACACUCGGAGAGAAGAAACUUUUGUAAGGAAACAAAACAAUUUACUGUGGAAUACGGAACGAGUGAAUGUGGGAAGAUGAUGCGAAAAGAAAAAGUCAAAGAAGAAUUAAAGAUACUUGAGCAAGAGCGACUGGCUUUACAAAGUGAAUUGGCUGGAUUCCAUGACUGUUUACAUACCAUUCAGAGUCUACGUAAGGAAACCACUAUUUGGACCCAAGAACUAGCAAAUUUGAGAAACAUUCAUGAAGGAUAGGCCCAAAUCAGAACCUUAUCCCAGCGAAGGACGUGACGACAGUUUACCAGCGAAAAGUAACACAGAUAAAAUCAAUGACAACGAGACGGUGGCCUCCAGACUCGCCAAAAGACAGAAACAGUGGCAGGAACAUCAAAGAAGAAUGCACCGUUUCAUUAUCUGUAACCACAAGAAAGAUGGUUUUUUUUCAUUUGAUAAUUAAAAUUAGAAGUAGUUUCUCGUAAGGGAACCAAAUCAAACUGUUGUAGUUACAACAGCUACUUCAUAUAACGUAAAUAUUAAAUUUAUUGUCUCAUUAUGAGGUCAUUAAUUUCAUUUAUUUAAUUCCAAAAGAACAA